CUUGCGGGACAAGAGGCGGGCCUUCUCGCCGCGGGCUUCAUGGGGGCUUUUUCGACGUGAGCCGGAGAAGGAGAGGAGGAGGAGAAGGGACCUAGGGGAGCCACCGACGACGCCGGGGCCGAGAGUGCUGGAGGGAGCCCCGGGGACGCGGGGAAGGCCGGACACGGCCCAGGGCUCCGUCUUGUUGGUGAAGCUUGGCAGGAAUGUUCCACCCACUCCAGUGGAGGCCUCCCUCCAGCAUCUAUUCCUAUUACACUAACUCAUCCCGCUUCAUCAGCUACGAAGGGAAACGCAGCUUGUGGCCAAGCCAUAAAUCCCUGAAGGGCAGGUACCAGUGGCUGCUCACCUGGCUGCAGAAAGCCCCUGAGCAAUGUCCGAAGCAGAAGAGCCUCCUUUCCCUCCUGGCCAACCAGUGCAGUUAUGUGACUAGCCAGAGGAUCCGGCGCGCUCAGCAGAUUGGACAGCUGUACAAUAACAUCUACUCAGAGAGGGCACGCAGAAGCCUCUUCAGCUCUUUGUGGCGCAAGUUCCAGGGGCGUCACGCCAAUGCCUGCAAACUGAUGGCAGCCCUCACCGGCGUGUUCCUGUGGGAAGAGGAGAGGAUCAAAGAGGAGGAGCUGAAAAGGUCUGCAGACGAGAUGAAGCGCAUGGAAGAAAUCAACCAGAUGUUCCAGGGCAACCGAGGAGAGAAACAAUCUCAGGAGCCAAACCCUGACAAGGACAUUGCUUCUGAUCCAGAGGAGCAGAGUUGGGAAAUGGUGAUGGACAAGAAACACUUCAAGCUGUGGAGACGUCCGCUUGGAGGGAGCCAUCUCUACCAAUACAGAGUAUUUGGGACAUACACAGAUGUGACUCCAAGGCAAUUUUUCAAUGUGCAGCUGGAUACAGAAUAUCGAAAGAAAUGGGACUCACUGGUCAUCAAACUGGAAGUGAUUGAGAGAGAUCAAGACACCGGCUCAGAGGUUGUUCACUGGGUGACCCACUUUCCGUAUCCCAUGUACUCACGGGACUAUGUAUAUGUUCGGCGGCACAGUGUGGACCGGGAGAACAAUCUGAUGGUUCUGGUCUCACGAGCGGUUGAGCAUCCAGGUGUCCCAGAAGAUCCUGAAUUUGUCCGUGUCCGCACUUAUGAAUCCCAGAUGGUUAUCCGUCCGCACAAGACAUUUGAUGAGAAUGGCUUUGACUACCUGCUAACAUACAGUGACAACCCUCAAACUGUGUUCCCUCGGUAUUGUGUCAGCUGGAUGGUCUCCAGUGGCAUGCCAGACUUCCUGGAAAAGCUGCACAUGGCUGCCCUGAAAGCCAAGAACAUGGAGAUUGCUGUGAAGGACUAUAUCUCCUCUUCCAAGCCCAUAGAGUGUGACAGCAGUGGUGGCAGUGAGGGGAAGGACAGUGUGCCCACCCAGGAGCACAAAGGUGAAGGAACAUGCAGUCCUGUUCACAUAGACUACGCUUAAAGUGGAGGGCUUGAUCCCCGGAGUUGGCAGCCCAAAACACUUGGCCUCUGGGCUUACUAGGAAGAAAGCAAGACCAAGAAAGGGACACCUUUGGGACCGUAGUUCAGCUGGUUUCCUCCUAUCUCUGUAGUCCUUUCCCUCCCCCCUCCUGUGCCAUCUUGGAAGAGGGCGGCUAUAUUAGCCAUUUGGAUCCAGGCUCAGCAAUUUUGAAAAGCUCUUUUCCAUGGCCACUGUUGUGCUGGUGAGCUUCUUUCCCAAUGGGGAUGCAUGGGAGAAAUCUGUCACUUUCAAGAGGAAAACCUUUCUCCCCAUCACCAUGGUGCCACCCGGUUAUAGAUGCCUUUUGGGGACACCUUUGCAAAACCACCAGGCUACUGCAGCCUUUAACUGCAGCCUUUUUGUAGAUAUCAUGGCUUAGGGGCAUAUCUGCAGUGCCUGCACGAGUGUGUUGAGUGAAGCCAGUCCAAAAGAUGCUUAUUUCUACGGCAGAUCUGUUUCCGCAUCCACGUGUGCUUUGAGGAACGGGGCUGGGCGCAUGAAUCCCAUGUGCUCUACCUACGCAGGGAAUUUCUCUGCUGCCAAUGUGCCUUGUUUUCCUUCUGGCACUACUGCAUGCAGCCUCUGUAGCUGCUGGAAACAGGCUCUUGGGUAUCUCCCUUGGGACACUGCUGCCUUUCCUGGCUCUCUGUGUGUGUCUUUGGAAAGAAGACGGCGUCUUCAUAGUUUCUAUUUUGUCCUCUUCCUCUUUGGAUUGGUGACACUCAACCUUGACUAGUUUAUAACCCCAGCUUCUGCUCGGGGUAAUUUAACUCUUUGGUCCCAUACCAAUGGUAUCUGCACAACCUCUGCCAUCAGAGUGAAACCACAACAUAGCCACAAACUGGAAUACUUGCCAUUGGUGUGUGACAGAUAAGACCUUCUGAAUGUGAUUUUUAUCUUAGUGCAAAGGGUUUUGAAACCUGAAAAGGGGAUAACGGGGGGAAAGUUGAGCAGCCAAACUGCUGGACUUUAGAGGAGCAGCAUAGAGCAGGAUGGACUGAAAGCACAGUGUUAGGCAUGCAUCCAUCCCAGAUUUUGUAGGGUUUUUCAAAAUGACCAUCUUGGUUUACUUGUUAUCCCCAUAAUCUAGAAUUUACUAAUGAUUUUUAAGCCAACCUCUCAUUCUGAUGCUCUAGAACUAGGUUGGCAGGGGAGCGGAGUCAUUCCUAACAUGCCUGCAAUACAGGCACACUGCCGUUUGAGCAUGUCCCAAGGAAGCGAGGGAUGUGCCUAUAUUCUUUUUCCAAGUAACAUUCAUUCACAUCUGUGGCGCGCCACGGCCUGCCUGAGUUGGGUCCUUGUAGUACCCAUCGAUACGUGCUGCAUUCAAAGAGACUUUCCAUUUAUCGCACUGUCUGCAAAUGAUGCAAAGCCAAACGAACCAUAUGUGAGGUUGGGUGUAGUGUGCGAGUAUCCUUGGAGAACCGUAUCUGUGCCAGUGAAAAAUGGGAGAGCAGGGGGUUUCUUCUCCCACCCUCUUUUCUGUGUGUUCAAGCAUGUGAUGUAUUUUUAAGUCCCAUGAAGGAGAAAGUAUGAGCCGCCCAGGUUGAGUUGAGCAGAGCCAGGUCAGCACUAACGCAAGGAAGCUCCUCUUCUCACCUUGGGAACUGGGGUUCGGGAGUAUGUUAUCUGUGGGGUGGGGAUGGGGUGAAACUCUGCAUGGAGACCCCGUUGGGUCUUGUUCUGUGGCCAGCGAGGGCCUAUUAACAAAACUACUGAUGGACCGCCUCGUGCUUUUAUUAAAUACAGAGUUUUUAUGAGAACAGAAGAACCAAUAAAGGUCACGACUAAUACAA